UGGGGGCCCUCACACCUUCACAGGGGUCACAUUUCUCAGAGCAGCCUCUUCUGUCGGGAACGGAAACACAAGUGGAGGCUCGACAACACCGGCGAUGAUUUUCAUUCUGGAAUUAUGAACUUUUGAUUUUGAUUUUUACGGCUGAAGAGGAGGUCGCUUUCAGAAUGUGAAAGUUUGCGACUGCGUUCGGCUUUUUUGUCUCCUUUGUGCAUUUAAGGGAAUACAUAGCCUAUUAAAGUGUUGAGGGAGUUCUGUUAGCUGUGGAUCCCCGAACAGAGAGCGUUUUUUUGGGGCAGCAGCAGCAGCAGCACCGGAGAGAGAAUAACGGGAGACAAGAACGUGAUCCGGUUUUUAAACGAUAAUUCUUCCAAAAAAAAUGAGACAGUUCAUCCAUGGAAAAGUUUAGUUCUUAAAGACAGCUUGGGGGGGGGCUUAACCUCAACAUAUGAGCCUUCAUAUCGAGCCUGUGAGUUAUUUGAAUUGUCAGAGAACGCGGAGCGGAGUUUUUUACGUUUCGGGGCAGCGGCCGCGCGGGAAGAAACAACAACAACAACGACAGCGUCUGCGAUCCGGAUCAUCAUGAACCUGAUCGGGGGCUACCAGCACCACCACCCGCACCCCCACCACCACCUGAUGCACGAGCCCUUCCCGUUCGUGCAGCGGUGUCACCAGGACGCGCCGUACUUCCAGAGCUGGGUGCUGAACCACGGCGAGCCGCCUCCGCCGCAGCAGUCUGGGUUGGACUUCCCGUUGCAGGCGCAGUACGCGGCCGCGGAGCACGGAGGGGGAGGCGCGGGGCCCGGGGCUGCGGCCGCGCUGCACGACGCCCGGCUGGAGGCGCUCCACGGCGGCGCGGGGAAGCGGAGGACGUCGGGGCCGAAGAAGGAGCGCCGCCGGACGGAGAGCAUCAACACGGCGUUCGCGGAGCUGCGGGAGUGCAUCCCCAACGUGCCCGCGGACACCAAACUGUCUAAGAUUAAAACGUUGCGCCUCGCGACCAGCUACAUCGCCUACCUGAUGGACGUGCUGGACAAAGACUCCGGAGAGGCCGAGGGCUUCAAGGCCGAGAUUAAGAAAUAUGAAAACCGGGAUCUGAAAAGGAAACGGGAGCCGACUGACGGCCUGCACGAGUCUUUGGAAGCCGGGAAGAAGGCGAAGGGUCGGACCGGUUGGCCGCAGCAGGUCUGGGCUCUAGAGCUCAACCAGUGACCCGCCUCCCAGACCCUAACCCUGAAGAAAACCCUCCUCCCAGACACUAACCCUCCUCCCAGACCCUAACCCUGAAGAAAACCCUCCUCCCAGACACUAACCCUCCUCCCAGACCCUAACCCUGAAGAAAACCCUCCUCCCAGACCCUAACCCUAAAGAAAACCUUCCUCCCAGACCCUAACUUUCCUCCCAGACCCUAACCCUAAAGAAAACCCUCCUCCCAGACCCUAACCUUCCUCCCAGACCCUAACCCUAAAUUAAACCCUCCUCCCAGACCCUAACCUUCCUCCCAGACCCUAUCCCUAAAGAAAACCCUCCUCCCAGACCCUAACCCUAAAGAAACCCCUCCUCCCAGACCCUAACCGUCCUCCCAGACCCUAACCCU